AUGUUGGGGUUUUGGUGGGGGUGGUGGGGUGGUUGUGGGUGUAUUGGUGGAGAGGUUGGUGUUGGUAUGGUAGGGGUGGGGUAUUUUAGGAGGGUUGAGAUGUUUUUGGGUGGGUUUUGGGGUUUUGUUUUGGGGUUUGUUGGGUUGUGUGAUUUGGGUGGGGGGUUGUUGUGUUGUUGGUGUGGGGUGUGGGUUGUUGUGGUGUGUGGAUGGGGGGGGGUGAUGGGGGUGUGUGGGUUAUUGGGGGUUUGGGGGGUGGGGGAUAGUUUGAGGUAUUUGAGGUGUUUUGGAGUGGGUGUGGUGUGUGGGUUGGGGGGUUUGUUUAAGGGGGAGGGGGGUGGUGUUGUAUUGGGUGGGUUUGGUUGGGGGGGGGAUGGGAUGGGGGGGUAUGGGGUGUGUUUUGGGUGGGGGUGGGGUGGGUUUUGGGAUUUGGUUAUGGUGUUUUUUUUGUUUUGGUGUUGUGUGGUUUUGAUGGAGUGGGGUGGGUUGUGUGGGGGGGGGUGGGGGGGGGGGGGGGGGGGGUGGGGGGGUUGGUGGUGUGUGGGGGGUGGGUAUGGUGUGGGUUGUGUGUUGGUGUUAUUAUGGUUUGUGGGGUGUUGGUGUGGGUUUGGUUGGGUGGGGUUUGGGGUGUUGGGGUGGGUUUUUGGGGUGUGGUGGUGUAGUGGGGUUUUUGGUUGGAUGUUGGGGUGUGGUUGUUGGGAAGUGGGUUUUGUGGUGUUUUUUUGGGGUGGGUUGGUGUUGGGGAAGGGGUGUUUUGUUUUGGUGGGGGUGGGGUGUGGUGGUGUUUGGGGGGUUUGUGUGUUUGUUGGGGGUUUUGGUGGUGUUGUGUUGUUGUGGGGUGUUGUGGGGGGUUUGUGGUGUGGGUGGGGGGGUUUGUUUGGGUUUGGUAUUGUGUGGUUGGUGGGGGGGUUGGGGGGGGGGUGGGGUUGUGUUUUUGUGGGGGGGGUGGGGGUUGGUGUUGGGGUGUUGGGGGUUGUUGGGUUGGGUGUGUUUUGUUGUGUGUGUGUUAAUUGGUGGGGGGUGGUUUGGUGGUUAUUGGGUUGGGGGGAUGAUUGGUGGGUUGUGGGGUGGGGUGGUGGUGGUGGGGUGGUGUUAUGUGGGUGUAGGAUUUUAGGGGGUGGGGAGAGGGUGUGGGGUAGGUUUUGGGUGUGGAGUUGGUUUGUGAUGGUGGGGGAUGGAGUUUGGGGGGGGUGUGGUUGGGGGUUGAUGAGGGUGGGAUGUUGUUUUUGGGGGGUGGUUGGGGUGAGUUUGGAGGGGUUUUGGUGUGGGGGUGUAUUUGGGUUGGUUGGGUUUGUGGAUGGUGUGUGUUGGUUGGGUUUUUGGGGUGGUUUGGUGUUGGGGGGUGGUGGUGGGUGGGGGUUGUAUUUUAAGGGGGGUUGGGGUGUUGUUGGGUUGUGGGGUGGGUGGGGGGGUUUGGUGUGGGAUGGGGUGGUUUGUGGGGUUGUUGUUGGUGUUGUGUGGGGGUGGGGUGGUGGGGUUUGUUUGUGUGUUUUUGGUUUUGUUUUGGGGGGUUGGGGAGUUGUUGGUUGGGUGGUUGUUGUGUGGGUGGUGGGGGGGUGGGGGGGGGGUUGUGGGUGUUUUUGGUGUUGUGUGUUGGGGGGUUGGGGGGGGGUUUGGGUUGUGUUUGUUUUUUUGGUGGGGGGGGGUUUGGGGGUGGGGGGGGUGUUGUUGUUAAAGUGGUGUGGUUUGUUUGUGUGUUGGUGUGGGGAGGUGUUGGUUGUUUGGGGGUUUGUUUGUUUAGAGUAUGGGGAUUGUUUUGUUGGGUGGGGGGUUUUGUUUUUUUUGGGGGGGGGUUGUUAUGUUUUUGUUGGGGGGAUGUUAUUGGGGGGGGAUGUGGUUUGUUUUGGGUGUUGGUUGGGGAAAGGGGGGGGGUUGGGGAGUUUUUUGGUUGUGUGGUUUGGAUUGGGGGGUUUUGAAUGUUUUUUUGGGAUGAGGGUGGAGGAUAUAGGGGUGGAUGUAGGGGGUGGUGUGUUGUUGUUAGGGAUGGUUUGGUUGGUUUGGGUGGGGGGGGUAAUAAGGGGUUUGGAGUAUGGGGGGGGAGUGGGUUGGGGUUUGGAGGGGGAGGGAAUAUGGUGGGGGUGGGGUGAGGGUGGUUUGUUUGGUUUUUUGGUGUUGGUUGUGUUGGGUUUGUGGUUGUGUGUGGUGGGAAUAAUAUAUGUUGGGGUUUGGGUUUUGUUUGGAAUUGGGUUGAUUGGGUUUUUGGUGUGUUUGUGGUGGUUGGGGUUAGAUGGUGGGUGUGGUUGGUUUAGGGGUUGGUGGGGGGGGGAGGGGUGUGGGGUUUUGGUAUGUUUGGUUUGGGUGUUGGAUUUUGGUUUAGAGUUAGGUGUGAUUAGGGAGAAGAUGGUGUGUUGGUGGGUGUUGGUUGUGGGGGGUGUUUGGUUUGGGAUAGUAGGUUUUGUAGGGAGUUUUUUUGUUGGGUGGGUGAGGGGUUGGGUUUGGAGGGGUGGUGUUGUUUUUUUUGGUGGUUGGGUUUGGUUAGGGGUUGAGGGGGUAGGGUUGGGGUGGUGUGGGUUGGUGGGGGUAGGGUUUUUUUGGGUGGUUAGGAAGGGUUGUGAGAUAGGGAAUAUUAGAGGUGUGGGGGGUGGGGAGUUGUGUUAUGGGUGGGUUUUUGGGGGGGGUUUGGUGGGGUGGGUUGGUGGUGUGUGGUUUUUGGGGGUGGUGUUGGUUUUUGUUGGUUGUGUGGUGUGUUGGGGGUUUGGGUGGGGUUUUGGGGGGGGGUUUUGGUUGGUGUGGGGUGUUUGUGUUGUGGGGUGGGUUUGUGGUGGUUGGGGGGUGGUGGGUUUAUUGGUGGGUGUGUGUGGGUGGGUUUGUGUGUUGUGUGGGGGGGGGGGGUGGUUGGGGAUGGAGUUGUGGGGGGUUUGGGUGGUGUUUUGUUGGGGGUUGAUGUUUGUGUGUUUGUUGUUAUGGUGUGGGGGGGGGUGGAGGGUGGUUUGGUGUGUGUGGUUUGUGGGGGUUGGGGUUUUGGUGUUUGUGGUGGGUGGGUUGGUGUUGGGGUGGGUGUGGGGGUUGGGGUGUGGUUUUUGUAGGUUUUUUUGGGUUGUUGUUUUUGGGUGGGGUGUUGGGUGUGUUGGUUUGGUUGGGUGGGGUGGGGGGGGUUGGGGGGGUUGGGGGGGGGGGGGGGGGGUGGGGGUUGGGGGGGGGGUGGGGGUUGGGUGGUUGUUGGGGUGGGGGGGGUGGGGUGGGGGGGGGGUUGGGUGGGGGGGGGUGGGUGGGGGGGGGUGGGUGGGGGGGGGGUGGGUGGGGGGGGGUUGGGGGGGGGGGUGGGGUGGGGGGGGGGUUGGGGUGGGGGGGGGGGUGGGUGGGGGGGGGGGGUGGGUGGGGGGGGGUGGGGUGGGGGGGGUUUGGGGUGGGGGGGUGUGGGGGGGUGGUGGGGGGGGUGGGUUGGGGGGGGGUGGUGGGGGGGGUGGUGGGGGGGGGUGGUGGGGGGUGGUGGGGGGGGGUGGGUGGGGGGGGGUGGGGUGUUGUUUGUGUUGUGGUGUGGGGUUGUUUGGUGUUUGGGGUUGGGUUGUUGGGGUUUGGUGUGGGGGUUGUUUGUUUGUGUGGGGUUUUUUGGUUUGGUGUGGGGGUUGUUUGGUUUGUGUGUGGGGGUUGUUGGUUGUGGUGUGUGGGUUUUUGGUUUGUGUGAGGGUGGGGUUGUUUGUUGUGGUGGGGUGUGUUUUGUGGGGAGAAUGGUGGGGUUUUGUGGUAGGUAGUGUUGGGGUAGUAUGUGUGAAUGUAAUUGAUGGUGGUGGGUGGGUUUUUGGGGUUUUGGUUUUUGGGUUGGGGGGUUUUAGAGGGGGUGAGUUGUGGUUGUUGUGUGUGUGUUGUUUUGGUUGGUGUGUGUUGGUGUGUGUUUGGAUUUGUUGGGUGAGGGGUAGGUGUUUGUUUUUUUGGUGGGGGGGGGGUUGGGGGUGUGGGGGUGGGGGGUGGGUUUUGUUGUUGGGUGGUGUGUUGGGUGGGUGUUGUGGUUGUUUGUGGGGGUGGGGUGUGGGUGGGGGGUGGGUGAGUGUGGAUGUGUUUGGGUGGGGUGGGGGUGGUGGGGGUUGGGGGUUUUGUGUGUUGUGGUGUGGUGGGGGGUUGGGUGGUGGGGGGUUUUGGUUGGAUUUGUUUUUGGUUGGUGGUGGUUGUGUGGUGGUGUUGGAUUGUUGGUGUGGGUGGUUGUUGGUUGUGUUUGGGGUUUUGUGUGAGGAAUGGAGGGGUGUGGGUUGGAGGUGGUUUGGGGGGGGAUGGGGGGUUGGGGUGGGGGGGUGGGGGGGUGGGGGGUUGGGGUGGGUGGGUGGGGGUGGGGGGGGUGGGGGGGUUGGGUGGGUGGUGGGUGGGUGGGGGGGGGGUAUGGGGUGGGGGGGGUGGUGGGUGGGUGGUGGGGGUGGGUGGGGUGGUGGGGGGGGGUGGGUUUGGGGGGUGGUGGGUGGGGGGGGGUGGGUUGGGGUGGGUUGGGGGAAGGUUUGGGGGGGGGGUGGUGUGUGGUGGGGUGGUGGGGGUUGUGGUGGGGAGGGGGGGAUAAUUUAA